GCCGCGGGCCGCCCGGGGGCGUGCGGGCGCCGAGGGCGCCUAGGCUCCGGGCACUGCGGGGUUGCGGGCUCGGCGCCCCGGGGAGGCGCGCGCGUGGCCGCCGGAGCGGCCGCCCCAGCUGGCCGCGAUCGCGGGAUUUAUAAGCUGGAGAUGAGGGUCGCUAGAGCCCAGGGAUGGCAAAGUUUGUGACACUUGGGCAGAAGCUGCAGCUGCAGGGUCCGGGCCGGAGUCAAGUGAUGGUACCGUUUUGAGCACCUGCUGAAAACCAGGCGGGAGGAACAGUAACCCCAGGAGAGCACAGGCUGGUGCCGGCAUGCAGGGAUGACGCCUCCGCAGGCCCCAGCCUCCCUCCCGCCUGGGUGCUAGGAGCCGUCCCUGGGCUCCAGCCGGGAGCCCUGCCGCCCGGGGGCAUGGCCAAACCUUUCUUCCGACUCCAGAAGUUUCUCCGCCGGACGCAGUUCCUGCUCUUCUUCCUCACAGCCGCCUACCUGAUGACCGGCAGCCUGCUGCUGUUGCAGCGGGCCCGCGUGGGCCUCCCGCCGGGCCCCCGGGCCCCCGGCCCCCUGCAGACCCUGCCCGUGGCCGCCGUGGCGCUGGGCGUGGGCCUGCUGGACAGCAGAGCCCUGCACGACCCCCGGGUCAGCCCAGAGCUGCUGCUCGGCGUGGACGUGCUGCGGGGCCCCCUGGCCCGGCCCCGGCCUGGCCCCCGCUGGCUCCGCAGCCGCAACUCAGAGCUACGCCAGCUGCGGCGCCGCUGGUUCCACCACUUCAUGGGGGACCCCCAGGGGCCGCCCGCCCUGGGCCCCGAGGCCCCCAGGCCAGCCGCCAGCAGCCAAGGCACAUACGUGGGGUGCUUCAGUGACGACGGCCAGGAGAGAACUCUGAAGGGGGCUGUGUUUUUUGACUUGAGAAAGAUGACCGUCCCCCACUGCCAGAAUGCGUGCGCUGAGCGGUCCUACGUCUAUGCCGGCUUGGAGGCCGGGGCCGAAUGCUACUGUGGAAACCGGCUCCCAGCGAUGAGCAUGGGGCCAGAGGAGUGUAACCACGAGUGCAAAGGGGAGAAGAGCUCGGUGUGCGGGGGUGUGGGCCGUCUCUCCGUGUACCGCGUGGAGCAGCUGCAGCCCGGCUCCAGGAAGCGAAGGACCGUCACGUACCGGGGCUGCUUCCGACUGCUGGGGAACGUCGCACACGCCUUCCCCGACUCCCUGGUACAGGCCAGCGUGACCGUGGAGACGUGUUCAGGAUUUUGUUCCCAGAAAGAGUUCCCCUUGGCCAUCCUCAGGGGCUGGGAGUGCUACUGUGCUUACCCCACCCCACAGUUCAACCUGCGGGAUGCUGUGGACAGCUCGCUGUGUGGCCAGGAGUCUGAGGCCCAAAGGCUAGCGGAGUACUGCGAGGUCUACCAGACGCCCGUGCAGGAUACCCGGUGCACGGACCGGAGGUUCCUGCCCACCAAAUCCAAAGUGUUCGUGGCUCUGUCGAGCUUCCCGGGAGCCGGGAACACAUGGGCGCGGCACCUCAUCGAGCACGCCACCGGCUUCUACACAGGGAGCUACUACUUUGACGGAACUCUCUACAACAAAGGUUAG